AUGGCACAACAAAGGUUAUCAAGGCCAAUGCGUAGUAGUCGUGUGCCAAGACUUCCUUCUAAUCUUACCAUCAACGCCCUUACUUCCAUGCUUGCCCCUACUUCGACAGCUGUAUCUUCUUUUAUUCCCUCUUCUUCUACAGCUGUCGCUUCUUCUGUUCCGUCUACAGCUGUUAUUUUUGUACCUCCCCCUCCCAUUGUUUCAGUUCCUCCCCCUCCCCUUGUUUCAGUCCCUCCACCUCCUUUAGUUUCAGUUCCUCCCCCUCCCACUCCCGCUCCCGUUACCACAACAGCUGUAGUUCAACCUCGCCCUAUUGCUCGUAUUCGUAGUUCUUCUAGGUGGCCAGAGCCGAUGGAUCUUGAUCCACCUGGCAUUUUUGUUGAAACCCCUUAUAUUCCCCCACCUAGUCAAUGGCCAGAGCCAAUGGAGCUGGAUCCUCCUGGCAUUUAUGUUGCCGUUGAUUAUG